AAUAAACAUUACAUCAAGGGUGCCCAGUACGUCGAUCACGAUUGACCAUUGAACGUGAUCGUCAUGAAAUGUGGCCGCUGUUUCUUUAAUUUGCGCUUUGUUACCAUAGCUACACCUCAGCCCACCUAAAGCGUCGCAAAUGUAGAACGUUCUCAUUCAUCAGUAGCCAGUUUGCGCCAUUUUUGCAUUUUUCCUUCUGUGCCCUGCACUGUUUGUGAAGAGCACAACCGAGCACAAAGAAACCACAAACGCUUCGAUUCGGGCAGGAACGCUGCAGAGACGCUGUUCUGUUUAUACAUGGAAGAAGCUGACGGGGAAAUUUUAACCCUCGAUCUGACAUUCAUGUGAAGUCAAGCGCCUCUGCUGGACAGUUUUGGAACUGAGGCUGAGGAAAAAUAUCCAAACAUGAGAAAAUGAGCCACAUAUUUGACAGCAUUUUUUUGGAUGAACCUGCUAAUGAAGUCUAGAUAUGGCUCCACCCUUACUGAUGAACACUUGGAAGCCUGGUGAGAUUUGGCAUCAGCAGCUCCUGUCCAGAUACAUAAACCUGACCGACACCAUUCAGAGUAAAUCAUCAGAAUAAGGUCAGUGUGAUUUUUCACUCGCUCACUCUGUAAAGCUGAAUAUCAGUACAGGAACUGAAGCGCAUUUAAAAAAAUGAUGAGGCCAACCAAUUAAAAAGUAGAUGGUGAUGACCUGUCGACUUAAAUAGUAGAUCUCAAGCCACAAAAGUGUGAGCACCCCUGCUUUACAUGGACGAAGUAUUGGGACUCGCUUCUAAUUUUUGAAUUAAUGUGCUUAAGCCACAACAGUCAUUAAUAAGUGUAAUAAAUUAACCAUAUAAGCCACUGUUGGACCCUCGAGCAUGUUCCUUAACCCUCUCAGCUUAUGGGCUGCUCCCGAACAAGCUGGGAUACACAGAUAAAGAAUCUCAUCAUACUGAACACAUGCGUAGAUGUUUAUAUAAUAUAUACAGCCUCUUCUUUCCUGAGCAGAACGCUCGUCUGGAUCCCGAGCGGUUCUUCACCAAACUGGAGCGCAUCGGGAAGGGUUCCUUCGGAGAGGUUUACAAGGGGAUCAACAACAGGACGAAGGCGGUGGUGGCCAUCAAGAUCAUCGACCUGGAGGAGGCCGAGGACGAGAUGGAGGACAUCCAGCAGGAGAUCACGGUGCUCAGCCAGUGCGACAGUCCCUUCGUCACCAGAUACUUCGGCUCCUACCUGAAGGGCACCAAACUAUGGAUCAUCAUGGAGUAUCUGGGUGGCGGCUCGGCUCUGGACAUGCUGAAGCCCGGUCCUCUGGAGGAAGCCUACAUCGCCACCAUCCUGAGAGAGAUCCUGAAAGGACUGGAUUACCUGCACAGCGAGAGGAAGAUCCACCGAGAUAUUAAAGCCGCUAACGUCCUGCUGUCGGAGCACGGCGAGGUGAAGCUGGCAGAUUUCGGGGUGGCCGGUCAGCUCACGGACACUCAGAUCAAGAGGAACACGUUCGUGGGGACGCCGUUCUGGAUGGCGCCGGAGGUCAUCAAGCAGUCUGCGUACGACUUCAAGGCCGACAUCUGGUCGCUGGGCAUCACGGCCAUCGAGCUCGCCAAGGGGGAGCCGCCGAACUCGGACCUGCACCCCAUGAGGGUGCUGUUCCUCAUCCCCAAAAACAACCCGCCCGCUCUGGAGGGAAACUACAGCAAGGCCUUUAAGGAGUUUGUGGAGGCGUGUCUGAACAAAGAUCCACGAUUCAGGCCGACGGCUAAAGAGCUGCUGAAGCACAAGUUCAUCACCCGCUACACCAAGAAAACGUCCUACCUAGCCGAGCUGAUCGACCGCUACCGCCGCUGGAGGUCCGAGGGCCACGGGGACGAGUCCAGCUCCGACGAUUCUGACACGGACGGCGAGGGCGAGGACAGGGACGAGGGUCCGAUGUGGACGUUUCCUCCCACUGUGAGAGCCAGUUCUGUCAACAAACUGCAGAGAGGACAGAGACAUACAGUCUGUACGACAGCAGAGGUGAUGAGGAGGCAGCCAAAGUCGUCGUCGCUCACAACAGUCCUCAGACCGGUGUUCAGAGAGUUAAAGGAGAAGCGGCGCGUGAGUAAAAGCAGUGUGUGCGCGUUAGAGGAACUGGAGAACGCCUUCGGUCUGGCCGAGGAGUCGAGUCCAGGAAUAUCGGAUCGUUUCCUGACUCACAUGAUGGAGAGAGUCUGCAGGUUCACGCUGAACGGAAACGCGCCGCCUCUGAAGCGAUGAGCCGGCGUCUCCGAGGGGAUCCACGCAGUGCUGGUUUGUGUUGAAGGUCCAAGAUGAUGGUGACGAUGAUGAUGAACAGAGGAACCUAAUGAAUGAAGCCUUUAAUACCAGCGACCCUGCACGUGUCCUACAUUUCAGCAUCGUACAGAACGUUUACCGUCAGCUUCUUUACUAAAUACUGACUUCAUAAUCAAGACAUUAAAAGUAAACCUCACAAAGAAUCAGAACGUUCGUCUGAAUAAAGCCAAUAGAGCCGAGUGAUCUCACGAAAUGGAAUAAAGACGCUUUUGCAAGACACGGAGACCAGUAA